UUGCAAACUUCUUCUUCUUCUACUUUCUCUGUUAAUUGCUCCAUCUGAUGAGGACUUUGUGCCGGAAUUUACAUCGGGAAGAUGGGUUGGAGACGGUGCUGGAAGUCCCGGUGCCGGAGGAGAUGUUCCCGUCGACACAAAAGAACAAGUCAUGGCAGAGUAUGAAGAGCUGGAUGAAAUACCUUACCGAGAGAUCAUCUCCGCCGGUUUUACGUGGCCGGAGAGCCGAACUCCAGCUCCUGCUUGGCGUCGUCGGAGCGCCGCUUAUUCCUCACCCUAUCCCCUCUCACUGCCGCUCCUCCUCUCGGAAAAAAAUCAACGAUCAUCCCAUUGAGGCGUCGAUGGCGAAGUACAUCGUGCAGCAGUACGUGGCGGCAGCCGGCGGGGAAAGUGCUUUGAACGCCAUUGAUAGUAUGUACGCAAUGGGGAAGGUGAAGAUGUCGGCGUCGGAAUUCAUUUGCGGAGACGGGCUGGGCUUGAACAAUAAUGGGAAGGUGAUGAAAGUCAAGAGCGGUAAAAGCGGGCCGGGUGAAAUGGGCGGGUUUGUUCUUUGGCAGAAGAGGCCCGAUCUCUGGAGCUUGGAGCUGAUGGUUUCCGGCUGUAAAAUCAGCGCCGGAAGUGACGGCAAGGUGGCAUGGCGGCAGACUCCAUGGCACAGCUCUCACGCUUCUCGUGGCCCACCCAGGCCCCUUCGUCGUGCUUUACAGGGUCUUGAUCCAAAAUCAACGGCGGAUUUAUUCUCGAACUCGAUCUGCACCGGCGAGAAAACGGUGAACGGAGAAGACUGCUUCGUACUGAAGCUGGAGGCGGAGCACUGUGCUCUGAGAUCAAGAAGCAGGGGCAACGUGGAGAUCAUUCGGCACACGGUGUGGGGGUAUUUCAGUCAAAGAACAGGCCUGUUAGUCCGCCUCGAAGACGCUCACCUUCUCCGGAUCAGAUCCGCCGCCGGCGACUGCUUCUGGGAGACGGCGAUGGAGUCAGCCAUCCGAGAUUACCGCACCGUUAACGGCGUCAACAUCGCGCACGCCGGGAAAACGUCCGUUUCGCUGUUCAGGUUCGGGGGAAACUCCCAAGGACACACCCGAACCAGGAUGGAAGAGGCUUGGAGCAUCGAGGAAGUGGACUUCAACAUUAUGGGACUUUCCGGCGACUGUUUCUUGCCGCCGAGCGACUUAAUGAAGGAAGACGACCACGACGACGAUGAGAAGUGUGGGUAUGCCAUAAAAAAUGGGGUUACCGGAAAAUUGAGAUUGGGAAUGAAACUUAGAGAUUUCGGCGCCGGAAAAGGGGUUUCAAAGAUUGUUGCGAUUGAGGAAGAUGGCUAUGUAAACAUUGAGGAUUAUGAAGAGUUGUAACUUUUUCCCCGCACUUAGAAGAUACUAUGCAGUGGUUGUUCCUUCGUUCGGAGACGAGAUUAUAUUCCACCUAUUCGAUUAUGCAACAGUAAUUCAUUCGUUAUGAGACGAGAUUAUGUUCGGCCUAUAUAUUGAAGAGUUGUAAACUUAGGGUAAUAUAUAUAUGUAUGUAAUGUUGAUAGGUUGCGGUCAAUUUUGUACAUAUAGCACCGCAUAUGGUGUCAUAUAUACACUCCUAAGGUAUGUUACGUUAGCUAGCACGUAACAACUCACCUGGCCUGCAGUGUUGGGUUGGAGUUUAAUUUGGAGCGUUACGUUAUUUAUAUAUGUAAGUCUUGCAUGGGACAUUUUUUAAGGUACAAUGGAUAUGAUACAAAUUUACAUA